AUGAGAAUACCCAGGACAGCCAGAUGGCUGAAUUCCCAUCUUUUGCUUACUGGGCAAUGGCAAGCCAUCAAUUUGCGCCGCCCGGCUCCCUUGGCCGCAAACUCGGAAUGCGGACAAGACAGAGCUUUCAGUCAAACUUUUCUGCAAAAAUCAAGUGCAGCACAAGAAGCCCUAAGCAAGACUAAGAACGACGUUGCACGUUUGACCGCCGAACAUAUGGAGGCCAAUAUGGCGCCAGAAGAGGUCCAGAGGCUCUCUAGAGUUCGAAACAUUGGGAUUGCUGCACAUAUCGAUAGCGGCAAAACGACAGUGACGGAGCGUGUACUCUUCUACACCGGCCGUAUCAAAGCUAUCCACGAGGUUAGAGGCAAGGAUGCUAUUGGAGCAAAAAUGGACUCCAUGGAGCUUGAAAGGGAAAAGGGAAUCACCAUUCAGUCAGCAGCGACAUUUUGCGAUUGGAAGAAAGUCGAGAAUGGAAAGGAGGAGACCUACCACUUCAAUUUAAUCGACACUCCAGGCCACAUCGACUUCACUAUUGAAGUGGAGCGCGCACUUCGUGUUCUCGACGGCGCGGUCUUGGUUUUGUGUGCCGUCAGCGGAGUGCAGUCACAAACCAUCACAGUUGAUCGUCAAAUGAAGCGGUAUAAUGUUCCCAGAAUCUCUUUCGUCAAUAAAAUGGACCGCAUGGGUGCCAACCCUUGGAAAGCUGUGGAGCAAAUUAACUCCAAGCUGAAGAUGCCUGCGGCCGCCAUCCAAAUUCCCAUUGGGUCUGAAGAUGAAUUUGAAGGUGUUGUUGAUUUGAUUGAAAUGAAGGCAUUGUACUUUGAAGGCCCAAGAGGAACCAAAGUUCGCCAAGCUACGAUUAUUCCCGACAGCCUUAGAGAUUUUGCGGCGGAGAAGCGACAAGCUCUUAUUGAGAAGUUGGCCGACGUUGAUGACGAGAUGGCUGAAAUCUUCCUGGAAGAAAGAGAACCCACCACGAAACAGAUCAAAGCUGCCAUACGACGUGCUACCAUUGCCCGCAAUUUUUCUCCCGUCUUAAUAGGUUCUGCUCUCGCAGACAAGGCGGUCCAACCCAUGUUGGAUGCUGUUUGUGAUUAUCUACCAAAUCCGUCCGAAAUCGAGAAUACAGCACUUGACAAGUCCAAGGGGGAGAAACAGGUUAAACUAAUUCCUUACAACACUCCAGCGUUUGUUGGACUGGCAUUCAAGCUGGAGGAAAAUAAUUAUGGGCAACUCACAUACAUCCGUGUCUAUCAGGGAACACUCACAAAAGGGAGCUACCUUUUCAACUCCAGGACGGACAAAAAGGUUCGAAUUCCCCGCAUUGUACGCAUGCAUUCGAAUGAAAUGGAGGACGUUUCAGAAGUGGGUGCUGGGGAAAUUUGCGCUGUUUUCGGCGUCGACUGCGCCUCGGGUGACACUUUUACGGAUGGCGGAUUGCCAUACACCAUGUCGUCUAUGUUUGUUCCUGAUGCGGUUAUGUCCUUGUCUAUCAGGCCAAAGCGCACUGUAGACGCGGACAACUUUAGUAAGGCUAUGAACAGGUUUCAGCGCGAGGAUCCGACAUUCCGAGUACAUGUGGACCCUGAGAGCGAAGAGACAAUCAUUUCAGGUAUGGGAGAAUUGCAUCUUGAGGUUUAUGUCGAGCGAUUAAAGCGGGAAUACAAAACCGAUUGUAUUACUGGUCAACCGAGAGUCGCCUACCGAGAAACGAUAUCAAAGCAAGCUGAAUUUGAUUAUUUGCUUCGACGACAGAGUGGCGGCCCAGGUGAUUUCGCCAGGGUUGCCGGAUGGAUUGAGCCCAACGAAAAGCCAGAGGAAAACAAGUAUGAAAGCCGAGUCGUUGGUGGUCAUAUCCCCGACAAGUUCUUGACCGCCUGUGCUAAGGGAUUUGACUUGGCUUGCGAAAAUGGGCCACUUUUGGGCCAUAGAGUUAUCGGGACCAAGAUGGUUAUUAACGACGGUGCCACCCAUGUAACUGAUUCGUCUGACUAUGCCUUCAGCUUAGCAACGCAAAUGGCGUUCAAAAAGGCAUUCACAGAUGCGGGCGGUCAAGUUUUGGAACCGCUUAUGAGAACCACCAUCACAGCACCCAACGAAUUUCAGGGAAACAUUCUCAUGCUCAUGAAUAAGAGGAACGCCACUAUCCAUGAUACGGAAAUCGGCAAUGAAGAGUUCACCUUAAUUUGUGACUGCAGCUUAAAUGCCAUGUUUGGCUUCAAUUCGCAACUGAGAGCUGCAACACAAGGAAAGGGGGAGUUCAGUAUGGAAUUUAGCCACUACGCUCCAGCCCCCCCUCAUCUACAAAAAGAGCUUGUUGCGAAAUACGAAGCUGAACUCGAAGCCAAGAGAACCAAGUAA